ACCACCAAGACUAGCUACGAUGGCUUUCUCGGGGGCGUUGACGUUGACGGACCUCAACGACUAUCUGGGCCCAUCGCAAGCAUGCAUCAAGCCCGUCGAGGGCAAAGAUGCGCCCCAGCCAGAGUCUGCCGUCGAAGGCGCUGGCGCGUCAACGGAGAUAGCCAUUGACGAAUCGGGCGACUACUACGAGUCAUCGUCGAGACCCGCGGCUGCUACUGCUUCGACGUUGGCAGGCGACAAGCAGCCACGGGCUCGCACGAAGCUCGAGACGGCCGAGAUCAGCCUCAACGAUUGCCUGGCCUGCAGCGGGUGCGUGACGAGCGCCGAGAGCGUCCUGAUUGGGAUGCAGUCGACCGACGAGCUCAGGCGUGUGGUCCAGGAGAAGCGGAGCGAGGGCAAAGCACUCCGGCUCGUCGCUUCCAUCUCUCCGCAGACGCUCGCCUCCAUCUCGGCUCGGUACUCGCUGGGAAGAGAGAGCUUCAUCCCGCUCGAUAGACUGCUCAGGCGAAUCGAACGAUACCUGACCACCCGGCUUGAUUUCGACGUUGUCAUGGAUACCACUUUCGCUCGGCAUCUCUCGCUGCAAGAGCACGUUACUGAGUUUCAAGAGAGGACAGUGGCGAUGAAGAAGGAGGAGAGAAGCGAGCCGCUGCUGCCGAUGCUUGCGAGCGCCUGCCCCGGGUGGAUCUGCUACGCGGAAAAGACACACGGCGAGCUGCUUCCCCUGAUCAGCAAGACGAGAUCGCCACAGCAGAUGGCAGGUCUGCUUGCCAAGCGCUACCUCUACGAAGACCAAUCAACAAGCGUAUACCACGUCACCGUUAUGCCGUGCUAUGACAAGAAGCUCGAAGCAUCCCGGCAGGACUUCUUUGACGACGUCACAUCGACGAGGGACGUCGAUUGCGUCAUCACCACGGGCGAGCUCGAUGGGAUGAUGCGAGACGAUGGCUUCGACGUGACUGCGCCUAUAGACGGGGAGGAUCGGGUCGUUGGACAGGAGGAUGCGAUCAUGACGCCGCCGCCGUCGGACUCUUCAUGUGACACCGGCAGUGUCGUCGAACCACGAGCCAUCCCGAGCAUGCUCCAGCACCCUGGCUCCUCGUCGGGCUCCUACCUCUUUGAGCUUAUGCGGCAGCUCUGGGUCAGUCAUCUCUCUUCUGCUCCUUCGUCCUCGACGUCGACUCUGCCUAAGCUGUCUGUCAGGACGAUCAGAUCGGCAGACUACACCGAGUACAUUCUUCGUGCACCACCUGGCCCAGAUGCCGCCGUAGGCGACAUUCUCUUCAAGGGUGCGCAAUGCUACGGGUUUCGCAACCUUCAGAACCUCGUCAGGAAGGUCCAGAAGCAGACUGGCCUGAAGAGCAAAAAGGCUGCCGCUGCCUCGAGGAUCGACGCAACUUUUGCCGAUGACGCCGGACGUCAAAGUCCGGCGGCUGGCGGUCGAGGGGCGAGAGGGAGGGGCAUGAGGAUGAACGCUGCGGGACGAGGUGGAAUGGUGAGAAGAGGCGGGGCGAUGAACGGACAGAGGGCGCAGGAGAUCGUCAAGAAACCGUCGCCGGAAGAAGAGGAGGAAGCAAGGCCGUAUGACUACAUUGAGGUCAUGGCCUGCCCUGGAGGAUGUGUCAAUGGCGGUGGUCAGCUUCGCCCGCCAAGUGGCGCCAACGGAAUCGAGGGGCAAGACCAGAUGCAGAGCAACAAUUCCUUGACGGCAAGGACCAUUACCACGGAAGUGACGGAGGCCAUUGUAGAAUCUGCCACACCUCCAACCCAGCUCGAUCCGGAAGGCUACCAAAACGGAUGGGCGAGCAAUGGACGAGAAGCUGGACAAGAAGACGACGAAGGAAUGGACGUGGACGACGUUGAGGAGCACAAGGUCCAGAGCCAAGGAUGGCAGGGCACAUCCAAGGAUUGGGUCAAGCGUGUGGAACGAGCGUACUGGGGCGGGACGGCGGUAGGGGGAUCUUCUGGAGCAGCCAGCCCACAUGGAAUUCAAGCCAUCGAGGGUGGUGGUGAUGUCUCCAAGCGAAUUCUCGGCGCUCUGACUACAAAUGCAGAGGCUCGCAAGGGUCUUGACACAGAGGCAGCAGCAGGCGCACUCGCGCAUGCUGUUCGGAAGCAUCUCUGUGGUGAAAGCAACGAACAAAGGCACAAGCUUUUUCGGACAGAGUACCGCGGUGUUCAAGACGAAGCCGUCAGUGGUCUGGCCGUCCAGUGGUAGCUUCCUGUUUGUAUCUGCUGCACUAUCAAGUCAAUAACUUCAAACGCCCCUGGAACACGAGCACAUGAAAUAACUUGUUCCUGAG